AUGGUAUGUGCCCUCGUCAUGCUCAUCUGCGCUCUUCUAACGUGUUUUAUCUGUACAGACUUUGAUGAGGACGACUUCGACGACGAACCCGACGCCGACCUAGGCAUAAUUAAGGACUCGGAUAGCAAAAAGAAGGUUGCUUAUGACAUCUCUUUCAAGAUGUACGAGCCCAAAGACAUUCAAAGCCAGCAGGAUGAAAUGAUCGAUGAAGUCAAUAUGAUCCUCAACAUCCGCAAGGAAGACGUUGCGAUAUUGUUGCGGCACUUCAGGUGGAACAAGGAGCGAUUGAUUGAGGAUUACAUGGACACUCCGAAUAAGGUACUGGAAGCUGCGGGGCUUGGAUCCAAGGUCACUGGCCCGCCCAAGUUGGAAGCUAUCCCAGGAUUUAUGUGCGACAUCUGCUGCGAAGACGAGGAAGGACUCCAGACGUUCUCAUUGAAGUGCGGCCACCGUUACUGCGUAGACUGCUACCGACACUACCUGACCCAGAAGAUCAGGGAAGAGGGCGAGGCCGCCCGCAUUCAGUGCCCCGCUGAGGGCUGCGGCCGCAUUAUCGACUCGAAAUCUCUCGAUCUCCUCGUCACCCCCGAGCUCGCGUCACGAUAUCACGAACUACUAAACCGAACAUACGUGGAGGACAAGGAUUCACUUAAAUGGUGCCCCGCACCAGACUGCCCGAACGCCAUCGAGUGCGCCAUCAAGAAGAAGGACCUUGAUAGGAUUGUCCCCACAGUUGCAUGCGGAUGUGGUCACCGCUUCUGCUUCGGCUGCAUACUCAACGACCACCAGCCUGCUCCCUGCGAGCUUGUCAAGAGAUGGCUCAAGAAAUGCGCCGACGACUCAGAAACUGCUAACUGGAUUUCUGCCAACACGAAGGAGUGUCCCAAGUGCAACUCCACCAUCGAGAAGAAUGGUGGCUGCAACCACAUGACUUGCCGUAAGUGCAAGCAUGAGUUCUGUUGGAUGUGCAUGGGCUUGUGGUCAGAGCAUGGCACCAGCUGGUACAACUGCAACCGUUUCGAAGAGAAGAGCGGUACCGAAGCUCGCGAUGCACAGGCCAAGUCCCGCAUAUCACUAGAGCGUUAUUUGCAUUACUACAACCGCUACGCCAACCACGAGCAGUCUGCCAAGCUGGAUAAAGACAUCUACCAUAAGACGGAGAAGAAGAUGGUGCAGCUGCAGACUGCCUCCGGAAUGUCAUGGAUCGAGGUGCAAUAUCUCAACCAGGCCUCGCAGACCCUCCAAACUUGUAGACAGACGCUUAAGUGGACGUAUGCCUUCGCAUUCUACCUGGCCCGUAACAACCUUACAGAAAUUUUCGAGGACAACCAGAAAGACCUGGAAAUGGCGGUUGAAGCACUAUCGGAGAUGUUUGAGAAACCCGUCACAGACCUUUGCGACAAGAAGCUGAAGGUAGACAUCAUGGACAAGACAUCAUACUGCAAGAAGCGACGCAUCAUUCUUCUGGAGGACACUGCCGACAACCUUGCCAAUGGUCGCUGGACCUUUAAUGUGGAUCUCCACAACCCCGCGGCUUCCGCUGCUACAAGCAGCCGCCGCUGA